UAACCUGUACGCAGAUACAUAAAGGCUUUGAAUUCGGCCACAAAACCAGUAUCGCGCGAAAAGACUGCUAAUAUAGUAGCUUAAAAAUCAACGGGCUGUAAUAAGUGAUUUUUUUUUAAAUUUAUCUCUGUGAUUAAAAUAAACUAUCAUCAUGGAUUUGACCGUGGACCAAUACAUGGAAGGUCUCCUAAGUAAGGAGGCCUACGACCAUCCCUCGGAUUCGGUGAAGCUGGAGAAACUGGAAUUAACGCUACCUGAUUGGUACGAUGAAAAACUGUUUAAAAAGGGUCAACGAUUUUUCUGGAAGCAUUGCUUCGGCUUAUCCUUCGUGAUGAUGCCGGGGCUGGUGGCUGUUUUCGCGGUGCCCACGAUAUUAGAGGUGUUGGCCGAUUCAGGAAAAUCAUCGUCUAAGUACACAGCCUUCAAACGAUACGUAGCAACGUUCCUGCACUUCCAGUCGUGGUUGACUCAUGAUCUGAAGCCGGGUAGUGAAUCAUGGAGAUCCCUUUACGCUGUUCGUUCACAACACUUGAGAAACGGUCGCGCUGCUCGCUUGAAGAAGAAGGGAACCAUCUCUCAGCGGGACUUGGCUCUCACUCAGUUCGGCGUCAUCGGCCUCGGCAUCCUGAAGCCGGACCGCUUCGGAGUGCGUCAAGAGGACCCACAGGAUUGGGAGGGAUGGAACCAUUUUUGGGGAGUGGUUGGCUAUAUGAUCGGCUUGGAAGAUAAAUAUAACAUGUGUCGAAGAACAAUGGAUGAGACCCGUCAGGUUUGCCGGAUGAUACUUGACCAAGUGUAUACACCGUGCCUGGAGAACGUACCGGAGUACUUCGAGCAUAUGUCACGUGUUAUGUUGGACGGCAUGUGGGCGGUGAACGGCGCUACGGAGGCCGGCAGCCUCAUGUACGUCACUAAGAACCUCGCCGACGUACCCGGGUACAUCCUUACCGAGUCCGAGAGGAUCGCGCUGCAAACAAAGCUGAGGAAGUUGGCUGGAACACAUGAGGAUAGAGGUGUAGAUGUAUCAACAUUGGUACAGAAAUGCAGAGUUGAUGGUCUACCAGACUUGCCGCCACGUUUUCUCUACCUCAAAGACUUCGACAGCCUGGAAUCUGUUCCCGAAUACAAGAAACUUUCGUACGCAUCUAAAUACAAAUUAGCUGUUUUAUCUUUACUUAUGGCUUUCUACUCCACGAACUUCGGUCGAUUUGUUCUUAACUUGUAUUAUAAAAUCAAUAUGUAUAUGGCGGAACAUUUCCCAUACGUAGCUUUCUUUUUGUACGGUAUUAAGAAAUCUUAUGUAGAUAUAUUUAAAGACCCUGAACACGACAAUACAAGGAAUAUACCUAACUCGGAAUACAAAAAUCAAUCACCAGAGCCCUGGUACAAAGUGAUAGUGUCAUUCUGGUAAUCGACGAUUGUUAACAAGAUAUUAAAGUUAUAAAUACAAUAAUGUGAAGUUAAAGGAUCGAAAUUAUUUUCAUCGCUUGUGCAGAAAGUUAGUGCUUUCUCAUUAUCUUCGGAAAGAGUGAUAUAGUAAUAUUUUUCGGGUGUUUUAGAAAUUAAAAAUCAUAGUUUUAAAAUAAAAUGUUGACUACAUCUUGAUUAGGAAAGGAAAUUGUGUGUGAUUUAAAAGAUAACUUUUUAAAUUUUAUCUUUUGUAUUCAAAUGGAAAAGACGUAUGAAAAUAGUAGUUAACAUCUGUAUUUUAUAUUUUAUAUGAAAAUAAAACGUUCUUAAAUA